GUGACUGCUUUUCUUCCGUCAUGGCGGACUACAGGAGGGUCGUCGAGUUGGAAAGACGGAUUUUGGAGUUAGACAGCAAGUGCGCUGCUCUCCGGGCGGAAAAACAAGAUGAUGAUUAUUUACAGAACGCAGCGUCUGUGUUGGAGAAGUUAAAGAGUUCGUACACGCACGCUGGAGAGAGCAGCAGUCUGCCCAAACUACUCCAGGAUUACACACAAGUGAUUCUGGACAUCACGUUCUAUGAGGAGAAUAAACUGGUGGAUCAGGAGUUUCCAGAGGAGAUCUCUCCGUUUAAGAUUCAGCAGCUGCUGCAGGACCUGACUGAACCCGAGCUGUUAGCCGCUCGCCUCGCGCCCAGCCAGGAGGUGCAGGCCGUGUUGGGUUUGGAGCUGUUGGAGUGUGUGUAUUGGCGGCGUGGAGCUCUGCUCUACAUGUACUGUCACACACUGCACCAGAGGAAACAGUGGAUCAAGAAGAACAAGGCCACUUUCCUCAAAUGUGUUCAGGAAGGUGUGCGUUACCUGAUGAAGAUGCUGCAGGUGAGGAGCUCUGUGAAGCUUAGCGACGGCGUCGUCUUCCAUGACUCCAACACCGCUAACCUUCUCACUGAGGGUACACUGUCAGAUACACACCUGCUGACGAUGAUGUAUAUCGGUGAGCUGUGUUUCUGGGCAGUGAAGUACGAGGAAGGCGGAGCAGGAGGUGUGGACUUGGCUCAGUGUCGAGAUGACGCGCUGCACUUCAGAGACAUCGGCACACACAUCCUGCUCAAAUACGUCCGAGUGUGUGAGGGGCCGCUACAGGGACAGGGCUGGAACACCGAGAACGCCAAGGAGAUCCUCAACAUCCUGCAAUAAGCACACACACGCGCACACUCCCACACACACAGUUCCCCAGUCUGUGCUCAGUAUUGUAAAAUAUUAACGUUUUGUUUUUAAAAGAUUCCCAUAAAGCAGUUAUAAUUUAUACAAAUUAUUUAUUUAAUUGUGAUUGAGUUUCUGUGAUCAGAAGGAAAUGGUACGCACACACCCACCCACACACACCCACACACACACACACACACAGUGUUUACCUUCAGUAUUUAUUUGGAUGAAUGUUUGUAUAUUGUUGUUUUCCCCACAGGCUCGGCGUGUUGUGGCUCAUCGCUCUGUAAUGUUGAUAUUUUUUAAAAUAUUUUUGUGCACUUUGGAAACGUUACACUUUUUUUCUGCUUUGUUUUUUUUGCAGUUUUUUCCACUGUUUUGUUUAAACUUAUAAUGAAAAUAAAUUUUGGUUUAAGAAA